AUGAGUGUCCGUCGCAAAAGCACCGUGCACGACCUUGCUAGCCUCCGCCUCCAUCCUGAUGGGUCACGAGUUCAACAGUCGUCGAGUAACACGAGAAUUCGCACAGCGAAAUAUACCACGCAGGAUAAUAGAGGCAACUGGAUAGCGCGAGAUGCUGGUGGUCUAGGAAAGGUGAAGAAGAGGAAGAGGAAGGAAUCAAAAAAUGCAGAUGAUGAGGAGGAAAUUGUUAUCGAAGGACCAAUGAAGGGUAGCGAGACCAGCACCAGCAAAGAAAAGAUGACAAAUGACGGGGAAAUAGAUCAAGCAGAAGCAGACGAUACGGCCAUGAGUUGGCGAGACCACAGGGCAAGAAAGCGACGCAUAUUCAACAAAGAUAUGGACUAUUUGACUGCCCGAUCUGUGUCAAAAACCCAACAAGCGUCUGGAAGCCACAUUUCUCUGGAUAUCCCACCAAAAUCGCUUACGCAACUUAGCACCGAGACUCUGCUAGAACCAUCAUCGGAUCUUUUGAAAUGCGUGCACCAUUUUGCAAGUCGUUUUUAUAGCGACAGGGGUCAAUUGUUUGACGCGUCCAAAGAGUAUAGGCAAGAGAAAUCUGAAAGGCGACUUAGGCGAUUAUCCGAGAAAAGUCCCUUCAAACAUGUAUCACUUCGUGAAGAAUCUAGAGAAUCAGAAAUGAAUGAUGACCACAGUACGACCGAUGAAGAAGCGACUUCUGGUAAGGACUCUGAGAAGAAAGAAGAUGAAGAACGUGAAUCACGUUCAACCAAAAUCUGUCAAAAAGAUAUGUAUAAGGUUUUCGAUGGAUCUGCACUCAUAGCUAUAGGGAUGCUAUUGCAAGAAUAUGUGGCCAGAACACUGGUCACCACAAAUCCUGCUACACCCCCACAAGGAGCGUCCACUACUCCCGAAUUAGAACAACCCCCUCGCAAAAAGCGUCGGCGGAGGAUUAAAAAGGAUAUUGACUUUUAG